UUUUCGUUGUUUUCCACAGGACGCCGCCAUUUUGUCUGGUGUAGUAAAGCGGUGAAAAGUUGCUUACUUUUAACAAAUUUCCAUAAAAACCUCGCCGAUACAAAACAACAACCAUGUCUAUGAGUGACCACGAUGAAGGUUACAUAGUGAAACUCCGAGGCUUGCCCUGGUCCGCCACAACCGACGACAUCCUAAAAUUUUUCAAAAACUGCAAAGUCCUAAACGGGAAGCACGGAAUCCACAUGACUUCAUCCCGUGAGGGGCGACCCAGCGGCGAAGCUUUCGUAGAAUUCGAAAGCGACGAUGACCUAAACUGCGCUUUGAAUAAGGAUCGAGAGCACAUCGGCAGCAGAUACAUUGAAGUUUUUAAAGUGAAUAAAGCCGAAAUGGACUGGGUGAUUAAAAGGUCAGGCCCGACUUACGGCAUCAAUGAUGACGGUUGUGUUAGAUUGAGAGGUCUGCCUUUCGGCUGUUCUAAAGAAGAAAUCGCCCAAUUCUUCACUGGGUUGGAGAUAGUGCCCAACGGAAUUACUCUUCUGACAGACUACUCAGGGCGGAGUUCUGGGGAGGCUUACGUUCAGUUUGUUAACAAAGAAGUGGCAGAGAAAGCUCUGCUGAAACAUCGGGAAAAAAUUGGACACAGAUACAUCGAAAUAUUCAGAAGCAGUUUAUCUGAAGUGAAUAGCGUCUUGGGCUACUCAGGUCGACGAGGUGGUUCCAAUUCUGGCAUGUACAAUUCCAGACCGAGUCCAUACGAUCGUGGAGAUAGGUUUGGGAACUCUAAUAGAUUCCAAUCUAGAGGCUCCCGAAAUUUCAAAGGAGCAAAUUUUUCGAAUAAUGCAGAAUAUAACAAUUACGAUAGAGGGUCGAACUGGAUGGGCAAUAACCAGAACGGAAACGAUACUAGAGGAGGGGCGCGCAGCCCCUACGAGAUCGAUUCGUGGGGCGAGACCAACCAAACAACCGGAGAGAGAAGCGGCAUGCAUUGCGUGCACAUGAGGGGGCUGCCGUUCAAGGCCACGGCCGCCGACAUAAGUGAAUUCUUUAAGCCCCUGGUUCCCGUGAACGUGCGCCUGCUCCAGGAUCACACAGGUAGGGCUUCGGGGGAGGCCGACGUGGAGUUCGCUUCGCACGAUGACGCAAUGAGGGCCAUGAGCAAGGACAAGGGCCACAUGCAACAUCGCUACAUCGAGUUGUUCUUGAACUCUGCUGAUAACGGGGGCUCGGGGUACGGUCGGAGAAGGAUGUAAUUUUUUCCUCCCAUUUUCGUUUGGUAGACUUACGUUUACGAUGCCACUAGAAAUAAUUUUUUCUACCGUAUGUUAACAAAGACUUAAAGUAUUUAUCUAGGUAUAUAUUUUUUUACUUAAAUUGUAUCUUAUUUUUAUAUUCUGUUUAAUGAAAACGUACAAUAUUGAAGUGAACCGGCCACAAGAUUUUUGGGUUGCGAAUUUUCGGUUUUUCCAUAUUGGCUGUGCAUGCAAUUCGGAUUCGUUUCUUUACAGUCGUUUGUUUGUGUGAGUAUUGAGUUGGUUGUUUGAAGAUGUUGUGAGAACCCUCCAUUUUUAUUUUUCAGUUUAUGAUACUAACUGUAUAAACAAUAUGAGCAGUUUUAUAAAGCAUUACUUUUUAGUAUAUAAAUUAUAUGGAAUAUCA